AUGAAUGCUCGUAUACGCGAUAAGCUUAAGUUCACCGAUGGAGUUAUGGAAGUUAAGUUGACUGCAUUCGACAUGAUGGCAAUGAUUAAACAGUGUUUAAAGUACACUAAGGAGCAAAAGAACGAAAGUUACAAAUUGAUUCCGGCAGCGCUACGAUUGGAUCCAGACGAGGUAGACAAGCGUGACACGGACUGCAACGACUAUCGGUGUUUUCAAGGGCGUCAGUUCCGCGUUUCGGCAAAGGAUGAAGCUGCUUUUGAGCAACUCCGACUUUUGAAAUUAGCGGCACAACCAGGCGCACAAAGCGGAGUCGUGUUGUGA